AUGUCUCACAUGCUACCAUUAGCCACCUACAGUUUGAAUGUUGAACCAUACACUCCGGUUCCAGCUAUCGAUGUAACGAUGCCCAUCACCAUCCGUAUCACUAUGGCCGCUUUGAACCCUGAGGCCAUUGAUGAAGAGAGCAAGCCAUCAACUUUAAGAAUCAUCAAGAGAAACCCGGAUUUUGAAGAUGAUGACUUCUUGGGCGGUGAUUUUGAUGAGGACGAAAUAGACGAAGAAUCCUCUGCUGAAGAAGAAGAAGAAGUAGAAACUAAAAAUAAUAAGAAAACUAAGGGCAAGAAGGCUGAAAGCGACAGCGAUGAAGAUGAAGAUGAUGAUGAAGACGAGGACGACGAGUUCCAGGAAUCUGUCCUUUUGACUUUGUCUCCAGAAGGCCAAUACCAGCAGACCUUGGAUUUAACCAUUGCUCCUGAAGAAGAAAUUCAGUUUAUUGUCACUGGCUCUUAUGCCAUCUCUUUGAGCGGUAACUAUGUCAAACAUCCAUUCGACACCCCAAUGGGAGAUGAAGACGAAGACGAAGAUGAAGAUGCUGACAUUUAUGACAGCGAAGAUUACGACUUGACACCGGACGAGGACGAAAUUAUUGGUGAUGUUCUGGAUGACGAGGAAGAAGAAGAGGUUCGUAUUGAGGAAGUCCAAGAAGAAGAAGAAGAAGAAGAAGAAGAAGAAGAAGAAGAAGAACCUAAACCAGAACCUAAGAAAAGCAAAAAGGAAAAGAAGAGAAAACACGAAGAAAAGGAAGAAAAUAAGAAAGCUAAAAAAGUGAAGAAGGUUGAGUUCAAGAAGGAUUUAGAAGAGGGCCCAACGAAGCCUAAAAGCAAAAAUGAAGGAGAAAAAGAAAAACCAAAGACUAAAGUGUUGGAAGGUGGUAUAGUAAUUGAAGACCGUACGACCGGUGACGGUCCGCAAGCCAAGAGAGGUGCAAGAAUCGGCAUGAGAUACAUUGGUAAGCUAAAGAACGGCAAGGUGUUUGACAAAAACACUAGCGGAAAACCAUUCGCCUUCAAGCUUGGCCGUGGUGAAGUUAUCAAAGGUUGGGACGUCGGUGUUGCCGGUAUGUGUGUUGGCGGCGAACGUAGGAUCGUCAUUCCAGCCCCAUACGCCUACGGUAAGCAAGCCCUACCGGGCAUUCCUGCCAAUUCUGAAUUAACAUUCGAUGUUAAACUGGUUUCUAUGAAAAAUUGA